AGAAAAAAAAAUCCAAACUUUCUCUCUCUCUCCCUCUCUUUCCAUUUCUCUCUCUCAUUACUCAUCAAUUUUAAUUGAUCUGAAAAAACAAUGGCCAAGAGAUUGAUGUUGGUGUUAUUGUUGUUAUGUUGUGUUACUUACAGUCUAUGUGAAGAGAUCCAAACCUAUAAGCUAACCAGAGGAAACUUGUCUGUUACCUUCACUAACUAUGGUGCUGUCAUGACCUCUCUUCUUCUCCCCGACAGACAUGGAAAGCAAGACGAUGUUGUUCUCGGAUUCGAUACUGUCGAUGGUUACAAGAAUGACACAACUUAUUUUGGAGCAAUUGUGGGAAGAGUGGCUAAUAGAAUUGGAGGUGCUGAGUUCGAAUUGAAUGGCCAAAUGUACAAAACCGAUCCCAACGAAGGCCAUAACACUCUCCAUGGUGGUGCAAAGGGAUUCAGCGAUGUGAUUUGGUCAGUCGAAAACUACGUUCCCACUAGCCACAUUACUUUCAAAUACGAUAGCUUCGACGGUGAAGAAGGUUUCCCCGGAAACGUGACAGUGAAAGUGACGUACAUGUUAAUCGGAGAAAACAAACUCGCCGUGAAAAUGGAGGCAAAGCCAAUCAACAAACCAACACCGAUCAACUUAGCCCUCCACACAUACUGGAACCUCCACAGCCACAACUCCGGCGACAUCCUCUCCCACAAAAUCCAGCUUCUCGCCGGAAAAAUCACCCCCGUCGACAAAAAACUCAUCCCGACCGGCGAAAUCACCGCGAUCGAAGGAACACCAUACGAUUUCCUCGAGCCACGCGAGAUCGGAAGCCGAAUCGACGAAUUACCCGGCGGCUACGACAUCAAUUACGUGAUCGACGGAAUCGCCGGGAAACAUCUGAGGAAAACGGCGAUUGUUUCGGAGGAAUCCACCGGGAGGAAGAUGGAGCUGUGGAGUAACCAGCCCGGAGUUCAGUUUUACACGAGUAAUUUGCUGACACGUGUCGCCGGAAAAGAAAGAGCGGUUUACAAGAAACACGCGGGGUUGUGUCUGGAGACGCAAGGGUUCCCGGAUUCGGUGAACCACAAUAAUUUCCCGUCGCAGAUUGUGAAUCCUGGAGAGAGCUAUUUGCAUGUUAUGCUCUUCAGGUUCACUGCUCAUUGAUUUUACUGGGUCGGGUUUUUAGUGUUUUUUUGGGUAGAUUGCUCUCAUCGGGUCGGGUCGGGUCAGGUCAGGUUUUUGGAAGUUUACUUUGUUGUUUUUCGAUGAUCAUUUUAAUAAUUUGGGGCUCGUCACUAAGUUUUAGUUAAUUUCGAGGGCUCGAUUUUAUUAUGUGGAGGACUUUCUCUCUCUCGUACAUGAAUAAUUCGCCAUAUCAUUGUAAUAAGAUUUGUACUUUCAUUUUAUCCGUCCAUUUGACAUUAUUUUCAAAUUUUA